UUACAGAUGACCACUCCAGCUAUUCAGAAUGACUUCAGCUAUUACAGAAGAACAGUUAGUCGUCAGAGGAUGACGAAUGAGGAUGGUGAGGCUGGUGAAACUGAAGUGUCUAAUGAAACGGCUAAUCGGAUGUCACUAUUUUACGCCCACGCCACACCAAUGUUAAAGAUGUUAAGUGACACUACAACCAAGUUUGUGACGCAGCUGUCCACAGAAUCGGUCAGCUGCUCCAAGACCCACGUCAAUUCCAGCAGCAGCAGCAACAGUGGUAGUGGCAGCAGCAGCAGCAGUGUGGGGCUGUGUUUUCUGGCGAAGUCCACUAGCGGGUGUAUCAAUGAGGGCGAGGUAACGUCUAUAUAUAACCAAAAACAAAAAAAAAAUUCAACUCUUCCUCUUAACUGAGCCCUGUAACUCCUCUUUCCCCUGCCCCUUCAAACUCCUUAACACACGGAGCCCUCCUCUCUUUACCCUACCCACUCUAUCCCACCUUUCUACCCAACCUCUUCCCGUUUCUCUCUCUCUCUCUCUCUCUCUCUUCCUACCCUAAUCCCGCAUACAUCCCACUUUUCCCUCUCCAUUUAAACACACAGCAGGCCUUAUACUCUCCACUCCAGCCUCAUCUACAGCAACAUAUAUUAUCCAUCUUUCCUUGGCCAUUUAAACACACCAACACACAGCCCUCUCUUCUCUACCCAGUCUCAAAUCCAUCCAGGUACGUAAUCCAGAUCUCACUGGGACAGAAUUCAUCUUGUCACCAAAAUAUGCCAUGCAUAACCUCACAUAUCCCCCCCCUCCGCUCAGAACUGGUGAAUUGGCAGAGUUGUCUCAGUGCAGGACAAACCCUCUCACAGUUUCUAAUUCAGCUCUCUGCACUGAGUUCAAAUCCUACCAAGGCCAGCUUUGCUUUCUUCUGGAAUUAAGGAAAAAAGUGCCGAUCCGGGGUAAUGGAUUAGUAGAAUUGUUAGAGCAUUAGAGGAAGUACCUUGUGGUAGU